AUGUCGAAGUAUGACCUCCCGGGCCCACUUCCACCAAGUCAUCAGCAUCCAAACCCAAGCCCAAUCAAUCUAAACCAUUCACCCCACCGGAGAAUCCACAUCUCGGUAUGCUCCAACACAACAUCCCAGCCCAUUCUCCCAGAAACCGACAUCCACGGGGUAACAUUACCCCACUACGCAAGCAGCCCCAAGCCCAAGCCCAAGCCCAAGCCCAAGCCCAAGCCCAAGCCCCCAACCUACCUUCCCGAGCUAGCCGAUGUGGGGACGUUGUAA